UGCCUGUGAUGUUGGAUGAAACUAUGGACUACUUGGAAAACAGACAGAAACAGCACCCCUCUUUUACCUAUGAGGUGAUUGUGGUUGAUGAUGGCAGCAAAGACAAAACCACAGAGGUCGCUUUGCGCUACACUAGGAAGUACGGUGCAGAUAAAGUGCGGGUCCUGACGCUGGUGAACAACAGAGGGAAAGGAGGAGCUGUGAGGAUGGGAACUAUGAGCUCCAGAGGGAAAGUCAUUCUGAUGGCGGAUGCUGACGGAGCCACAAAGUUUUCUGAUAUUGACAAAGUGGAGGCUGGACUUAAUGACCUCAACCCUAAACCGGAGAACAUGGCAAUUUCCUGUGGCUCCAGAGCUCACAUGGAGAAAGAGUCGGUAGCUCAGCGAUCCAUGUUUCGUACAUUCCUCAUGUAUGGCUUUCACUUCCUGGUGUGGUUCUUCUGCGUGAGAGGCAUCAAGGACACGCAGUGUGGCUUCAAGCUUUUCACACGCGAGGCUGCGCUCAAGACCUUCUCCUCUCUCCACGUAGAGCGAUGGGCUUUUGAUGUGGAGCUCCUGUAUAUCGCCCAGUGUUUUAAAAUCCCCAUAGCCGAGGUGGCGGUCAACUGGACUGAAAUAGAAGGGUCCAAGUUGAUCCCGUUCUGGAGCUGGCUGCAGAUGGGACUAGACCUGAUUUUCAUUCGCCUGCGUUACAUCACCGGAGCCUGGAAGCUGCAGUCACCAAAUAAGACUGACUAGCCAAUCAGACAAUCCCUGGUAUCAUAGAGACAGCCUGUGACAGGGCCGUCACACCUUUGGAUGAGGUGGGAUUAACAGCCGUGUCCAUCAUUCACUGUAAUCCAGAACAAAGUACAAAGUGCAGUAUAUCACAUCCUUUUCCUCUCCAGGCGUCAUUGGAUGUGAAGAUGACACUGUUGUGAGUUCUUCAUGGUCCUGCCUUCUUUUUUUAAAAUGUUGGCUUGUGAUGGCCACCGUUACGUGCAUAUUUCUGUUGC